ACGAAAAUAUUAUUUACAUUACGCUAUUAAUCCUUAUUGAUGUUGUUUAAAUACACACGCACUGCAUUUCAGAAGAGUUGGUAGAGUCCAAUGCCCUCUGAUGCCCAGUAAUACCCAGCGAUACAGGGGAAGAAAGGCCUUGACUUGGAAACAUGAUGAACUUUGCAGCCCUUGUUCGUGAGCAUUGGGCUAACAUACUUGUACCCAUUGGCUUUGUGAUCGGAAUUUACAUGGACCGAGCACAAGACAUGAAGUUGACGGCAUUCAGGAAUAAAAGUGCCCUAUACAGCAGGGAACUAAAGCCAGGCGAGGAGGUGACCUGGAAAUAGACCUGUCUGUCUUGGAAUAUUUAGUGUCCCUAUGUCCUGUUGUGCAAUUAUAUGGUCGUCUCAUCUGCUAUCUAGAAUUCUUUAUCAUUUAUGGGAUGUAUCAACCAAUUAUAAACUUACCUUUUGUCAUCAAAAA